CCUCCCUUCGGCUCUGUUCGGGUCGGCUCCUCACGGCGUGCGGACCAUGGCGGCCUGGUCGCGGGCGGUGCGGGGCGUGCUACUGGACAUCAGCGGGGUGCUGUACGACAGCGGCGGGGACGGCGGCGGGACGCCCAUCGCCGGUUCGGUCGAGGCCGUGCGCAGGAUCAAAGCAUCUGGUCUGAAGCUUCGGUUCUGCACUAAUGAAACCCAAGCGACCCGGGAGAAGUUUGUGAAGAAGCUCCAGGGCCUGGGCUUUGACAUCUCUGUGGCUGAAGUCACUGCCCCAGCACCAGCAGCCUGCCGCAUCUUGAAGGAGCGUGGCUUAAGGCCACACUUGCUUGUGCACAAUGAUCUUGUUCCUGAAUUUGCUGAGCUUGAUAAAGCAAACCCAAACUGUGUGGUUAUUGGAGAUGCAGCAGAGAACUUCACCUAUGCAAACCUUAAUGAAGCUUUCAGAGUUCUCAUUGGGAUGGAGAAGCCUGUUUUGAUCUCCCUUGGAAGAGGACGCUACUAUAAAGAAACCGAUGGUCUGAAACUUGAUGUUGGAGCAUAUAUGAAGGCAUUAGAGUACGCUUGUGAUGUUGAAGCUGAGGUGGUGGGGAAACCAGCAAAGCCAUUUUUUGAGUCAGCCUUAGCAGCAAUGGGAGUUCCACCACAGCAGGCCAUCAUGAUCGGAGAUGAUAUUGUGAACGAUGUAGGAGGUGCCCAGCAGUGCGGGAUGAGAGCCGUGCAAGUGCGGACAGGGAAGUACAGGCCCUGUGAUGAGAACCACCCCCAUGUGAAGCCCGAUGCGUACGUGACCAACCUGGCUGAAGCGGUUGACAUCCUCCUCCAGCAGCUCUAAACCUGAUGGCACCAUGGGUGAUUGGAAGGAACAGGGCUGAGGCUGCACAGCAGCCCCUCCAUGAGGCCACCUCCUCCUCUCCCACCUCCACUUGACAUUAACAGCCCCAGCCCCAGCCUUGCCCGGGCUGGGGAAUCCUUGAAUACCCAACGGAACAGGACUG